CACUGAAACAAAUCGGCUGCCACAACCAUAACCGGUACCGGUGGCCAUGCGAGCUGAGUUGGAAGAUGAGGAGACUCCACAUACCUUUGCAGAGGAGGUGGCCGUGUUGAUCAAACCCAUCGGACGCGACCACUACACGGCGCAGUUGACAAUCCGCCUUUGGGCAGACAAUCCAGCACAUCCACGAAGCCUUCUUCUGGAGCUCACAGAUGCGAAAGAUUUGCUCUUCUACCACAGCCUUGCUCUUGGGGAGAGUGACUUUCAUGCUUUGAGGUCGGAGCAGCGCUUGCUGGUGGAUUUUCAAUCGUUUCCAGAACAACUGGCGGACCUCCUUCGAAGAUGCUGUGAGGCACCGCAAGGAGCCAAUUCCAAGAUGAUUGCGUCCUUGGAAUGCACUGCUGCUGGGGAGAGUCGGCUGAAUAUCGUGGAGUCCACCAAUUUCCGGGAGCUCAUCCACAUCGAUUUGCGCUUGAGGCAAGGUUCAGACGAGGUGGUGAAGAAGCACUUGGCCAAAAAGCUGCGUCUGUGCCGUGCAGAAUUGCAAGGGGCAGAGCGGCGGCUGGGAGAAUAUGGUGAAGCUUUGCAGAACAGCAAGAAACAGGUGGAUGAGCUGACAGCACGUGCCCGAGUGGUGGCAGAUGAGCGUAGCCAUCUGGAAAACUCCUUGCAGACAACCCAUUUGAGGGAAGUGAAUACUUUAAAGGAUGAGCAUGCCCGUGCCUUCGCCGACCUUCAACGUCAACAUGUUGAGGACAAGGCCUCGGCCGAGGCUCGGCAAAAGGCGGCGCUGACCGCAGCUGUCGAACGCGCCGAACGUGCGGAAGCCUCUGCAGAGGAACUCCAACGGGCUCGCCAAUCACUGACAGCCACAGGGGAGAGCUGUCAACAUCGGUUAUUGGAAGCUGAAAAGGAGCUGAAAGAUGCAACUGCUGAAUCCAGCGAGUUGAAAAAACACUUGAAGCAGUUGGAAGAACAAAAGUUCCGUCAUGAAAGAGAGUUGACGGAGUUGAAGGUCCAACUGGCUUCCACCAGAGAACAAUUGGCAGUGAGGGAGCAGCAUGCUGCGAGUCAAGCUAUUCAGAUUGAGGAGGCUGUGAACCAACGCCGAAUGUUGGAGGAAAAUGUCGGUGCACUGAAGAAGCAGGUGCAAACUCUGGAAGAAAAGUUUAACCUCUCCAGCCAAGAGAUUGUCAAGGGCAAUCGCAUCAUUCAGAGCUUGCACCAAGCUUCAAAGGAAAGCAAGGCCAAGUUGCGACAACGAGCAACUGAGCUGGCCCAGUUUGAGAGGGCCAGACAUGAGCUAGAGAGGGAGGGUCAAGUGAACCGACAUCAACUCGAGGAGCGGGACAACGAGUUGUUGCGAGGGAAGGCCAGAGAGGAGAAGUUGCAGGAAGAUUUAGAAGAGAUGAAGCGAAAGUUGCUCGAGGCUCAGGAUGUCAUCAAGUCCAAUCAGGAGGUCAUUGAGUACCUGAAUCGUCAGCUCACUGAGAGAGAGCUGAAGGCCAUGCCCACCCCAAAUUCAACGCUUCAAACAGACUUCUCCAAGACGAGCCCAGCCUUGUCAGAGUUGCUGAGUAAGGUGGAAAGCUUCGCUCCAAAAAAGGCUCCCGCAAGUCCUGGAUACCCUGGAUAUCAGGUGUCUUCCUUGAACCUCAGCCUCUCCACUCCAGCAAAGACACCCAGCACCACUGCGACACUCAGCGGGUCACCUGAAGAGGACAUCUUGUCACGGCCAGUGGCAUAUCGACGCCCCAUGGCCAUGGCAGCCAUGGCAUAGGCCCUGGCGCAGUGGAUCGCAGCUUCCAAGGGACUGAGCGGCUGCUUGUAGUUUUUUUUGGGCUGAGUAAUGACCGAUAGCUUGGAGGCAGCAUCCUAGAGCAUCCC